AUGGGGCUCCAAGCUGGGAUGCGCCUUGCCCUCCUGCCCGUGGUGGUGGUGAUGCUUCUCUUCUGCGCGAGCCCAGCAGCAUCUGCUGCAGGAUUGCCCAGCGGGUUCCCCGCAGACUGCAGCCGCCUUCACAGCAGCAGCCCCAGUGGGGUCUAUGUCAUCCAGCCAGCGGGGUCUACCCCACGGGUGGUUUGGUGCGACAUGGACACCGAAGGCAAGGGCUGGACUGUUGUCCAGAGGAAUACUUACGGCACAGAGAUCACGUGGAAGGAGUCCUGGACCACCUACAAGUACGGCUUUGGGAACGUGAGGGCAGAUUACUGGCUGGGCACUGAGUACCUGCACCUGCUCACGCAGCAGAACACCUACAAGGUCCGCUUCGUCGUGCAGGAUAAGUCCAAUGUCACCCACUACGCUGAGUACAACAUCUUCAGCGUGGAGAGUGAGGCCAGCGGGUACCCUCUGAGGCUGGGCAGGUUCUCUGGUGAGGGCGAGGACUAUCUGACCACCUACAACAGCAGAUAUGGGGGCAUACAUGACAACAUGAAGUUCAGUACCACUGAUAAGGACCAGGACCAGGCCAGCGGGAACUGUGCCAACAGCUAUGGGGGGUGGUGGUAUAAUAACUGUCAAAGCAUGCUGUUCAAUGCCAAGGGCUACAUCGUAUGGCCGGGAGUCUGCAGUAGGGGUGACUGCACAUCUUCCCUCAUCCUGGUGAAACCCACAGAUGUGUGCUGA